UGUCACAUUCUGAAAUUUCCAGCCUGAACCAAUGGCGGUUUGUGGCAACCUAGGCACAAAACUUUUUUCCAGGCAGAUUUGUCGACUGCGACUUUUAUUUUUUCUAUCUGCGACUGCGAGCGUUUCAGCAACCAGGAUUUUUAAAUGGCAAGGACCAACGCUGCCGGGCAAAGGGCCAAGCCUCAAAGGAGAAGAAGGCAUGUGGUGCAGCACGCUUGCGGCACAAAUUGGAAUAACAACCUAAGAGAAAUUGCAAGUUUACUUCCCAUUUCUGACACGAUGCAUGGUAGAGGACUCACGAAGAAAGAAACGCUGGUCCACAUGCUGUGGUACUUUGAAUUUCUCCAGACACAUAUAGAGAAUCUGCAGGCUCGCCUGCCCCCUGGUUGCCUACCAGUUAAUGAAACAGAAUCUGAAUCGGAGAGUGAGGACAGUAUCGUGUCCGAACCCGAAUCACCGCCACCUCCUCUUCAGGCCAAACGCAAACGCCAGCGCCUGUGUGCUCGUUCGCAGAGAGGCUCCGAACUCCCCGCAGGAUCAUGGAUCAGCAUAAAGAGUGAACUGGACAAUGAUGAGAUAAAAGUAGAGUUUCUGCCGGAGGAAGACGACCAGCCCGCCCCCAUGUGGCAGAGUGGGCACAACUGGACAGAGCCGGUGUCAGACGAUUCCGACUCCGUGUCGACAAGCUCCCCAGACUCCGUGUGCAGCCUCAGUCUGCUGCAGGCAGGGUCUGUUGUGAAUGGAGGACACUGUUCUGCUUGUGAUGGACGAACUAGCAGUGAAGAUGGAAGUCCUGAGCAGCUUCAGUUCACUCCACCAACAGGGUCAGCACUGAUGUCCUUGAGAGAGCACCGGAGUGACGUGUUUGAGCAGGGUGAUGAAGGGGAGUCUAUAUGCAGUGCAGGCUCCACUCCUCUGAUGCCCAAAAUGCCGUUGUUCGGGACGGGCCUGACGCUGAACCUCAGCCCCUCACUGCUGACCUCCCCCACACGUGGGGUCUGCCACGAGCUCCUGCCGCAGGGCCAGGAGGACCUUCAGACUUUGUUUGAGGACGUGUGGGUUAACUCUGAGGCCAAUGUCUCCAAAAUAGCGAGUCUUCAGUCCAGCCAAUCAAAUGACUCAGCUCCUGACUGGUCAGGCCGGAGGGGCAGGAAGCUAAGCGUGGCUCUGACGUCCUCUCAGAGCGAUGAGGACGAGGUGGGCCAGGAUGACAUCACCUGGACGCCGCAGCUGAUGAAGGUGCGCCAUCGGAGGAAACCCCGGGCCAAGGUGCCGCCAAAAGCCGUGCCAGACGCCAAGAAGAAGUGCGUCAAUGGCUUCAUCAUGUUCUGCCGCAUCAACAGGAAGCUCUACCUGCAAUCCCGGCCGGCCACCCCCUCCACAGUGGUCACCAAGGCCCUGGCAAACAUCUGGCAUCACCUGCCCAAGCAGGAGCGACGCAUCUACUGCCUGAAGGCACGUCGCUACAGCUGCCAGGAGAACCGCAACGUGCGUGUGCAGGAGGAGGAGGACGACUCGGGCGAGGAGUGCGUGCCGAGUCCCCUGCACCUGCUCCUGGCCGACCGACGCCUUUGUGCCGCUGCCAGAGGAGAGCCGGAACCCUGAACACGGCCCGUGGUUGCCAUGACUAACACACACACAAACACUGGAGCUGUCUGAACGUGGCCAGCUUUUAGGGCAUUUUAGGGAAUUCCUGUUGCCAUUGUUUUAAAUUAACAGCACAGAAUUGGCUCGCUGAAUUAUAUUUAUUCUCUGACAAAAUUUAAUUGGACAAGGGCUGUUUCAACUAAAUCUGUUUACUUUUUUGUAUGAACUCUGUGUUACAGACUUUUUGGUCAACUUCAUUCAAAACUUGGUCAUUACUAUAAAGUACUUUUUGUUUAUUUGCAUUGAAAACAGGGCCGAUGUAACCUUAUGCUGGCAAGGCCUAACUUCACCUUUUAUAUUUUUUUAAUUGCAUUUAUUUUGUAGUGUUUUAUUAACAUUAUCCAAAUGUUUGACGUUUGUAAUAGUGGAAAACAAACAUGUCUUCAUCAUUGUUUAUUUGUUUGUUUAUUUGUUUAUGUUCGAGGUAUUCUUUUAGUGGAAAUCAGAAAGACAGAGACUGAAAGGAUUGAAUGUUUCCAUGAUGUGGUGUGAUACAUGGUUUGUAUUUAUUUAUUACCUAUUUAUACAUGUUUUCUACAUUCAUAUUUAAAAUUAAGGCAAAGGUUCCUUCCUCAUCCCGAGCAAUUCUGUUUCAUGUGUUAGUAGAAGUCAACAGGGCUAUUGCAUCUCCUUUAACUUCACAAAGUAGUUUUUUUUACCGCUAAGACUUUUUUAGUUUUUUAGGUUAUAAUGGAAACCAAUGGAGACUGUUCUACUUAUGAUUGGCUGUUUUAUCAGAAGAUUAUUUGUCUAUACAUAGUACAGACUACCCUUAAAUGAUCUGCAUUACUGGAGCAAUAAAAGAAACAUGUUUUUGAUAUGUUA